CGCAACUAUUAUAGUUAGCCCUUAAUUUUGAACCGAUACUAUCGAUUUUUCAAAGACAUCGACGUAUUGUUUGCAUCACCAAUCGUUUUAUGUGGAAGACGGCAAUUUUUUUUCGCGAUAAUUUUUGUACAAUAAUUAAUCAAAAAUUGUACUUCAUUGAAAUUAAGAAAAAUCGAGCUUAUUAAAAGCAAAUAAAUAUAAAUUGCAAAACUUCUCAUAAAGCAGCUUACGGUUAUACUAAAAAGCAGAGUAAUGGGCUACCACGACCGUGAUCGUGAUAGAGAUCGAGACCGUGACCGAGACCGGGGGCGCCGUGAGCGACUUCGCUCACGUAGUCGUUCACGGUCGCGACAUCGAGAUCGCUCGAGACAUCGCAUAAGCAGACGCAAGCCUUCACUCUAUUGGGAUGUACCACCGCCAGGAUAUGAACACAUAACGCCUAUGCAGUAUAAAGCUUUGCAAGCUUCUGGUCAAAUACCGGCAAGUGUCGUACCCGAUAUCCCACAGGCUGCGGUGCCUGUAGUUGGUUCAACUAUAACGAGACAAGCUCGCCGUCUGUAUGUGGGCAAUAUUCCCUUCGGUAUAACGGAAGAAGAAAUGAUGGAUUUCUUUAAUCAGCAAAUGCAUUUAAUUGGUUUGGCACAGGCUGACGGCAAUCCAGUGCUGGCGUGCCAGAUAAACUUGGAUAAAAACUUUGCUUUUCUAGAGUUUCGCUCCAUUGACGAGACAACGCAAGCUAUGGCCUUCGACGGCAUAAAUCUUAAAGGUCAAAGUCUUAAAAUUCGGCGGCCGCAUGAUUACCAACCUAUGCCCGGCAUGACGGAUGCACCUAGCAUUAAAACGGCUGCAUCACCUGGCGCAGUAUCGAGUGUAGUACCGGACUCACCACAUAAAAUAUUCAUUGGCGGUCUUCCGAAUUACUUAAGUGAUGAACAGGUUAAAGAGUUACUGCUUUCCUUCGGGCAAUUGCGUGCCUUCAAUUUGGUGAAGGAUGCCGCAACAGGCUUGAGCAAAGGGUAUGCCUUUUGCGAAUAUGUUGACCUGAGCAUCACUGAUCAAGCGAUUGCUGGCUUAAACGGUAUGCAAUUGGGUGACAAGAAAUUGAUAGUACAACGCGCAAGUGUUGGCGCUAAAAAUGCGCAAACUAAUUCCGCUGCUGCGGCACCAGUAACUAUACAGGUGCCUGGCCUUUCAAGUCUUGUAGUCAAUUCUGGGCCACCCACCGAAGUUCUCUGCUUGCUUAAUAUGGUAACACCAGAUGAGCUACGGGACGAAGAGGAAUAUGAAGAUAUUUUGGAGGAUAUCAAGGAGGAAUGCAAUAAGUAUGGCGUUGUCCGUAGUGUUGAGAUACCACGACCCAUUGAGGGCGUUGAUGUGCCCGGUUGUGGUAAAGUAUUCGUUGAAUUCAAUUCAGUUAUGGAUUGUCAGAAGGCACAACAGGCGCUGACUGGACGUAAAUUCAGUGAUCGUGUCGUGGUUACAUCUUACUUUGAUCCGGACAAAUAUCACCGGCGCGAAUUUUGAAUGAAAGUUUAAACAUAUUAAGGGGAUUCACAACUUGUGUCUUAAAGUCUUAAAAAUUGUCAAUGUAAAGUAAUGUUUAAAAUCUUUUAAGAGAUCUGCAGGGUAUAAUAAGAGCCAAUAAGCUUGCCCAUUACCGUAGGCGUGGUCGUUUGGAAAUGAAAUUAAGACGAGAAUUUGGCAUCACCGUUGGCGCUAUCGACGUUUAUCCGAUAUACAUAUACCGACAGAUAGUAACGACAUACAAAUAAUAUUCGUUAUUUUUCGCCCUCAUUGUCUAGAACUAAGCUUAAACGAUUGCAGAUAAUUCAAGUUUAGGAACGAAACGACGAUAAAAGCGGCGACAUAGAAACGACAAACGGAAUUAGGCCAGAAUAUAUCGCACGUUUAAUAAUAUAACGAAGUAUUUCAAUAUUUAAAUUUUGUGGGAAAACGCAAUCAAAGUUUUAUCAUUUCAUACAGUUAGUAUACAAAAA